AUGCCGAUGAACUUAGAGUACGUCGGCGAUUUUUUCGCUUAUUAUGUCGUCGCUUUUGGAGCUCUCGUUCUCACGCCACUAACCAUGAAGAAAUUCCGAUCUUCAGCGAAUAAGAAAGAGGAAGAAAGAAUGAGGGAAAGAAAGGCGAAACAUGGAAACUCGAAAUGGUUCAAAAAUAAAGAAUCUGAAUUGAAAAAAGUCGGCGCCAGUCCUUGGAUCACCCGUUUGAUUAUCCUUCUCUGCUGGGCCCUUCUCGCUUUCAUCGGCUACAAUGCUUCACAAACCGAAGAAGUCAUUACCGUAGCCUUCGAUCCUUUCGAGAUUCUGGGAGUUUCCCAAAACGAUCCGCAGUUCCAAGACUUCGAAAGCGGCAAAAAAGCUAUCAAGAAGGUGUACAGAACUCUUUCGCGAACUCAGCAUCCAGACAAGCUCCGAAAUGAGUAUUUGAAAGCGAACGACGGCGCUGAGAUUCCGGAUGAUGUCGAAACAGCUAAUAACGAAGCCUGGGGAAAAAUCAACAAGGCCUACGAGACGCUGACGGAUGAGCAUAUGUUCGAAAACUGGGUCAAGUAUGGAAACCCCGAUGGAAUGCUUCAGGAAUAG